CUCUCUCUCUGUAAAAUGCACUCUUUCUGCGGAAAAAGCAGAGAACAGGUAAAACUCGUAAACCCCAAAAAAGAGAAGCCACAUAGCUAGAGAGAGAGAGAGAGACCGGGUUUUCAGACUUCCAUACAACGGUAACACCAGACUCUUACACUUGUUUCUGGGUUUUGGCUUUGUUGCUUUCGGAUCUGAUUUUUGAGCACCCUUUUGGCUGGUUUUUGUUGGGGUUUCAAUUUUUUUGGGAUAGAAGUGAGUUUGUAAUUUGGGUUUGUUUAGAUGGAUCGGUAUCAGAGGAUAGAGAAGCCUCGGCCGGAAACCCCGAUCAACGAGAAUGAGAUUCGUAUAACCACUCAGGGAAGGAUGAGGAACUACAUUACUUAUGCUACCACCCUGCUUCAGGAGAAAGGAUCCAAUGAAAUUGUUUUAAAGGCCAUGGGCAGAGCUAUCAACAAAACUGUGAUGAUUGCUGAAUUGAUUAAGAGAAGGAUUGCUGGUAUCCAUGAGAACACAUCAAUUGGUUCGAUGGAUAUAACUGACAUGUGGGAACCACUAGAAGAAGGCCUUCUUCUCCUAGAAACUACUCACCAUGUGUCAGUUAUAACAAUUACUCUGUCCAAGGAGGAGUUGGUUACAUCUUCUGCAGGGUACCAACCGCCUAUUCCAGUUGAUCAAGUAAAACCAUGGAAUGAAUAUGACUAUGAAGGAGAGGGUUCUCCUAAUAUGCGUGGGAGAGGACGUGGUAGUCAAGGACGGAGUAGAGGCCGAGGCAGAGGUAAUGAUAACAAUGGAGUGGUAGACUACAAUGGAGAUGGUGGCUGGGAUGGUGGACGUGGGUAUGGAGCAAGAGGUCGGGGUUGGGGAAGAGGACGUGGUUUUCAUGGACGCGGAAGAGGAUAUGGUGGUGGAGAUAUGCAACAAGAGUUGGGUGGUUACAAUGGCUAUGGUGGCUCAGGGCCACCACUUGCUCAAGGCUGUGGGUGUGGGCGUGGGCGCGGUAGGAGCCGUGGACGUGGGCGUGGUUGGGACUUUAGAUCAGAUGGACCAAUCCAAGCAGCUGCCUGAGCAGCUGUGAGCUACAGAAUUUUGGCUUAGAUUGCUAGUUCUGGAUGCCUGCUCCGCUGAUUGUGUGUUGUUUUCAAGUAAAUGGGGGAAAAUAGGGGAAAAAAAUUAGUGUAUUUGAGUGAUAAAUUUUAUAGGGAUAUUAGUUAUAGUGAAAGGCUGCUGUUGUUAAGUGGCGGCUGUGUUUUUGUAGUUUUAAGGUAGCAUUAUUUUUAACCAACCUUGACAAACUACAUUGUACAAUUUCCAUCUCUUUUUUUAGGAAAAAUAAUAGAGCAGUACAUUCUUUGAUUCUUUAA